AUGGCCGCCUACCAGCCUCACGAGGCGGACACCUUGCUUCCGCCUGGUAGUAUCGCCGAUCCCACUCGUUCGUCUGUCGCCAACUCCCUCGGUGCUCCUCUCUCCAGCCAUGGUGGUGAGGUGCGCGAGUCGCAGUACUCGUCGGCUCCGCUCAAUGUACCGUACGACCCAUACGGAGAGACCGGUACGCCUUCACCACGGGGAACGACACCAUCACAGUACCGCGACGAUCCAAACGAAAAGGCCGCGCCUUUGGAAACCGGAUAUGGCGAGACGUCAAAGCGUUCAAGAAAGCCAUGGUUCUGGUUGCUUAUUGGGCUUGUAGCUUUGGCUGUUAUCGUCGUUGCUGUCAUCGUUCCGGUAUACUUCAAGGUCAUCAAGCCCAACAACAACACCGUUCAGUCUUCCAAUACCAACCCCGGCUCGGGUUCUACGACCGCUUCUGCAGCUGAACCAACUCAGUCCGAGGCACCCCAGGUUCUCAUUACCGGAGGAGAUGGCAGCCGUGUAACCACCGACACUGGCAAUACUUUCAUCUACAACAACAGCUUUGGUGGUUUCUGGUAUCAUGACCCGAAACAUCCAUUCAAUCUCAACGCUCAAGCUCAAAGCUGGUCGCCACCUUUGAAUCAGAGCUGGAGGUGGGGAGAAGAUCACGUUCGAGGCGUCGGAAUUGGAGGCUGGUUUGUGCUCGAGCCAUUUAUCAGCCCGGCCCUUUUCGAACCCUACAUGAACGACACCAACCCCGCUGUUGAUGAAUGGACUCUUUCUGAGAAGAUUGCGGCUGAUCCCAACUCUGGAGGACUCCAGCGAGUUCUUGAGGAACAUUAUGCUACCUUUAUCACCGAGGAGGAUUUCGCUCAAAUUGCAGCAGCUGGCUUGAACUGGGUUCGUAUUGCCAUUCCCUACUGGGCCAUCGAAACUGCACCUGGAGAACCCUUCCUCGAGGGAGUUUGCUGGAAGUACUUCCUCAAGGCCAUCGAAUGGUCGCGCAAGUACGGCAUCCGUAUCAACCUCGACUUGCACACCGCCCCCGGUUCCCACAACGGUUACAACCACUCGGGCAUGCUCGGCCCACUCGGCUGGCUUAACGGCACCAUGGGAAUUGCCAAUGCACAGCGCACACUUAACCAUAUCCGUGUCAUUACUCAAUUCAUCUCCCAGCCUCAGUACAAGGAUAUCGUUCCUGUCUUUGGUAUUAUCAACGAGGCGCGAAUGGAGAUUAUUGGAAGGAACCCAUUGGAGCGGUUUUACAUGGAGUCGUACGACAUUAUGAGGAACAUUACGGGUAUUGGUGAGGGGAACGGGCCAUGGAUGAGUGUUCACGAUGGAUUCGAACCUCUGGAUCGAUGGGAGAACUUUAUGCCAGGUGCCGACCGAGUUAUGCUCGACGCUCACCCCUACUUCUGUUUCGGCGACCAAGAUCUUUCCUCCCCGACCCAACAGAUCCGGAAGCCAUGCAAUUCGCGCGCAGAGCCAUUCAACACAUCCAUGUCUACUUUCGGUAUGACUACCGCCGGAGAAUUCUCCAACGCAUUCAACGAUUGCGCAUUGUUCCUCAAUGGUGUCGGCCUCGGUGCCCGCUACGACGGAACCUUCCCGUUCUACCAUGGAGCUAAUGCUGGAGCUGGAGCAUGUGUUAAAUGGAUGGAUGAUAGGCUUUGGAGCGCAGCUGAGAAGGAGGCGAUCCGGCAAUUUGCUCUCUCGAGUUUCGAUGCGUUCCAGCACUUCUUCUUCUGGACCUGGAAGAUCGGCGUAUCCACUACUUGGGGCAACCGAGUCGCUGCUCCGCUCUGGUCUUACCAACACGGUCUUCAGAACGGAUACAUGCCCACCGAUCCUCGCGAGGCCACUGGCGCAUGCGGCGGUGGUUCUCCCUGGGUUGGACCUUUCCCGGCUUCCAAAACCGGUGGUGUCGGUGCCGGCACAAUCCCAGCUGCAUACCAGACCGCACGUACCUGGCCUCCUCCAUCUCUCAGCGGCAUUCCCAACGCGGCGACUCUCCCAACGUAUACUGCAACGGGAACGUUUAGCCCCUUGGGCGCUGCCGAAUUCACAGGCGCGCCCGGGAUCAAUGCGGGUAAUGGCUGGGCCAACUCGGGCGAUCAGGCCGGAAUGUAUGUUCCUGUUGCUGGGUGCUCGUACCCUAGCUCUGCAUGGGGUGAUGCGGUCGUUGCAACCCAUACCGCGUGCAGUGGAUCUGCUGCUAAAAGGAGUGUCAAGGGCCGAUAUGCUCUUCCGCGAGAGACUGGUGCACCUGUUUGA